AUGGUCGUCGUUUUUAUCUCUCUCUCUCUCGGUUCUCACAAAAAGAGUUCCCUUAUCUUUGUCAAUUUAGCCUCCCACUGGUCAGAGGUCAAUUAUGAAACAAAUCCAUGCAAAGGAAGUAAUUAUGGUGGCUGCCAACAGUUGUGUCUCCCCAAUGGAUUGAACUCCCAUACAUGUAAAUGCAACACUGGCCUUACCAAAAAUAACCAAGGAGAAUGCAAAGCUGGUACAUCAUUUUUGAUUGCAGUCAUGUACAAUGCUCUCCAAGGUUUCUCUUUGGAAUCAAAUGAUCACCCAGAAGCCAUGGUUCCACUUAGAAUGCAGGAUCACUUCAUUCAUUUUGUGGAUACCUAUAAGAAAGAAAAUUACAUCUUUGCGGCCUCUAUUGACAAAGGCAUUAUGAAAUUCAAACCUGAUGGAAGUAAAAUGGAGACUGUUAUUCCACAGAAUAGCAACCAGUUUGGCAUUUUAGCAGUAGCAAUUGACUGGCUAGCAGGAAAUAUGUAUUUUAGAAAUGCCGGCGUUAAAGAACAAGUCCUUGAAGUCAGUCGUUUGGAUGGUACUCAUCGACUUGUAAUCCUUGAAGAUUUGUUUCGCAGUAUCAAUGGAAUUUGUGUAAAUCCAAUAAAAAGCGUAUUUCUUACAAUGGAGGCAAUCGGGAAUAUGUGCGCGGCAACUUAG